GCCGACUUUCGUUCCGCCAUCUUUGUUUUCAUUGUUGUUUAUGCUUUGUUUGAAGAAUUUUAUUUAAAUCGGUUUUAAUCUUUGUUUGUUUCUUUGAUUGUGCAUUUUCCUAUAAAUAAUUGUAAUUACCAACAUUCAAUAUGUCAAUCGGAGUUCCUAUUAAAGUACUGCACGAAGCAGAAGGUCAUGUAGUUACUUGUGAAACAAUUACCGGCGAAGUUUACCGAGGAAAGCUUAUAGAAGCGGAGGAUAAUAUGAAUUGCCAAAUGACCCUGGUAACGGUUACAUAUCGAGAUGGUCGUGUGGCUCAACUUGAGAAUGUUUACAUCCGAGGUUCUAAGAUUAGGUUUUUAAUAUUACCUGAUAUGUUGAAGAACGCGCCAAUGUUCAAACGACAAGGCAAUAAACCCAGUGCAGGACGCGGUAAAAGUGCAAUAUUAAGGGCACAAGCUGCGGGUCGGGGCCGGGCGAGUGGGCGCGGCGGGGGACACAGAGGCGGCUGGCAGGGUGGUUCAGGACCCUCGCGUCGCUGACAAAUUGUCUAGUUCAUACAUUAUGUAGAUUAUACCAAUUCUUUAGUCAUAAGAUAUGUGAUUUCUACAUUCUCACUGGUAGGAAAUAAAUGAUUUUACACUUGAAGAGUAAAAUGAUAAUAAAAUAGUCAACUUUACUGAAAAUAUUCAAGUCAUGUUGAUUAUUAGCCAAAUUUUUAAUUAAUAUUUGAAAAUAUGACUAAACCUUGAGUUUCUGAGAUCAAAAUCUGUGUUUAAACCAUAUUGUUAUCUCUGUUUUUUUUUUUCAAAGAUGAUAGGGAUGCAGAUAUGUUUUAUACAGAGGUUUUAGUCUCUGGAACCAGCGUUAAACAAUUUAAAUCACAAGAACAGGUAGCUUUUGCUAUGAAACUGAAGUUAUGAUAUUUGAGUUUAUCAUGAUGAAACUCCAUUGUCUAAGCCAGUGAAUAUAAACUGUUGGAUUUAAGCAUGAAUCUUUGUAAAGGGUCAAUCAUCAACUACAUUCAAUAGUUAGAAAUUUAUUAUAUAUGAAAAAAAAAAACUGAUUGUAAGUGUUGUUGAAGUGUGCCUACCAUGGAUAUUGCUCAUGGUUUGAUGUGGUGUAUUAUAAAAUAUGUCGUAUUAAGGAUUCAGUUUCAAUAAAAAUACAACUUUUGAAA